AUGAAUAAUGGUAAUUUAAUUUAUGAACGAAAUCGUUUAACUCUACGUUACACCCAUGGCAAUAAAUGUGAUUUAUCUUUGGAAAAUCGGGAAUCAACUUUAAUUCACUUUUAUUGCAAUUUGACGGGCGACAUCAUUGGCUCUGGGCCGAUUUUUAUUCAACGAUGGCCCAAUUGUAUGCAUGAAUUUCGAUGGUAUACUUCUGCUGCUUGCUCCUCAGCGCAAUUAUACCAUUGCCAAAUGAGCAUAACAGAUCAAAAUACUGGCAAACAGUACGAUCUAAGCAGCUUGGUCAAAUCGAACGGUGGCUGGUUAGCUGUAAACGCAAAAUCUCCGUCGAAUCAAAUUUAUUAUAUCAACGUUUGUCGAUCUGUACAAGGCGUAAUGGGUUGUCCAAAUUCCUCAAAAUCUUGCCUGAUAAUUAAUCAACAGGGUAAAAAUAAAUCGAGAAUAUUUCAUAAUCUCGGAAGAAUAAGCAAAGGUAUUAAGAUCGAAAAUGGCUUAUUAAGUUUAUUUUAUACGCAUGGCGAUAUUUGCUCAGACGGUUCUAGCAGAAAGACCACCAGGAUAAUGUUUACAUGCAAAUAUGGAGUUAAAAAUGCUCCUGUAUUCAUCAGUCAUGAAAAUCAUUGCCAUUAUUACUUCCUUUGGAUCCACGAAGCCGCUUGCCCUGUUCAGUCAGCAGCUGGAGAAAAUUGUAGGAUUAAAAAUCCGUUAUCUGGUCAUAUAUUUAAUCUAAAUUCGUUAUAUAAUCCGAAUCAAGACUAUAUCGUGACUGAUCGCAAAGGACAUGCUUUCAAUAUCAAUGUUUGUGGUCCAUUAAAUGUCAAUUAUUGCAGUAAUCAGUCAGCAAAUUGCCAAUUCUAUCAAACGAAUCACACCCUAAGGUAUAAUUGUGGACGUGUUAAUAAAAUACUCUACUAUCAUGCUGGGCAGUUAUUCUUCAAUUAUUCUGAUGGAGAUUUAUGCCAUGGACUCCAUCAUCGAAGUACAAUCAUCACUUUUAUAUGCUCGCCAAACAUUACUAUUGGGCGACCUAUUUUUAUUAAUGAAAGCCGUCAAUGUGUCUAUUCGUUCAUUUGGCCGACCAAACUUGCUUGUGAAGAGCAGACGGAAUGCCUAGCCACAAAUCCAAAUGGUUCAAUGGUGGAUUUAUCUCCCUUGACCAGAAAUCAGGGAGGCUGGAAAGUUUAUAAUGUUCAGAAUUCGAUAGGUAUCGACAAGAAAAUUUAUAUUAAUAUUUGCAAAGCUCUGAAUCCGGUUGAAAACCUACGAUGCCCCGCAGGAUCUGCCGCUUGUGCUAUACUACCACGAUCUAACUUAACAGUUAAUCUUGGUGGAUUUGAUCAUCCCGCUAAAAUAGAUCCAGAUGGUUCCAUCAUCUUGAGGUAUGCCCAAGGUAGUCCGUGUUCUGCGGAUACCUCCAGAAACAGAAGUACUUUAAUCAUCUUCACUUGCAGAAUGGGCUCUAUUGGCUAUCCAGUUUUAGAUUUGAAUCGAUCAGAUUCAUGCCAGGAUACGAUUUGGUGGCGAACCAACCGUGCUUGCACUAGCAAACAAAGUAAAUGGAAUAGCUGUUGGAUCCACAAUGCAAUCACUAAUUCCAUGUACAAUUUAUCUCGUCUAAAUCAAUUCAGUGAGAGUCAUUACGUUAUUCAAUCAUCCUACGGCUUGAUCUAUCUUCGUAUAUGCGAUACCGUUCAAAACUUAGCUCUGUCAAAGUCCGAAUGUGCUGGAGCUAGUGUCUGUUUAGCACAGAAUGGUAGCUCUCUUUCGUUAGGCUCAGUCGAUAGUAGUCUUUUAACGAUUCUCGAUCGGGAUAUAUUAACAUUACAAUACUUUAACGGAUCAGUAUGCUCUAAAAAUUCUAGUCAAAGAAUUUCUACUACAAUUAUAUUGAUAUGUGAUAAAAAUGGCGGAAAUGGUAAACCGAUUCUUAUAACUCAAGAUGAUGAUUCCUGUGAAUUUAAUUUUAUAUGGAAAACCAAAUAUGCUUGUUCCUUGCAUUAUCAAAAUGAAUGCACGAUUAGAAAUCGUAACGGUCAAUUUGAUCUAAGCCCAUUUUCUCUUAUGGGGUCAGAUUGGAAAUGGGUAGAUGCUAAAGGUAAUCGAUAUUGGCUUAACUUGUGCGAUCCAAUCCGUAAUCGACCUCAAGGUUGUUUACCGUCAGCUGCAAUUUGCAUGCAAGAUAGAAAUGAAAUAAAUACUGAAACACUUGGAUUAACCUGGUCACGAAAUUUUUCUCCAUCUAAUAGGGAUCAAUCGGUAGUGACAGUUUCUUAUGCUUUCGGAGCACCAUUAUGCCAACGUAGAAAUCAGUCAGCAACAACAGCAAUUCACUUUAGUUGCGAUUCUAGAAUUAGUAAACCGAAACUUCUUCAAUUUGACAUGACGAAAUGUCGUGCUCAAUUUCUAUGGCCAUCUAUUCUUGCUUGUAAAAGACAGCAUGGACCACUGCCGGAUAACGAUUGCAUCAUCACUGUAGAUCAGCAGACUGGAAUAUUUUUUAACGCCAACGAUUUUGCUCUGCCGUCAAAUAACUGGAAUAUCACGGUAACUACAAAUUAUGGUAAAAAUUCGACAUUAUUUAUUAAUGUCUGCAAGAAUUUGAACGCAUUAAAUCGGAAUAGCUCUUGCGUAGAUAGCAGUGCCUGCAUAGUCGAAAGUGAUGGAAUUCAUCAUCAAAUUGGUAGCAGUACCAUGCAUAGAGAAUUCUAUAUGCGAAAUCAUAAUAUACUAGAAAUGAUUUUACCAACAAAACAUCGAUGCCGCCCAGGCACUAAUAAAACUAUUACAACGGUUAUAUUCUUCCGGUGUGAUCCUGACCAAUAUUUGGGCCAGCCCAACUUUGUUUACGAAUCUCAAGAUUGUAAAUACAUUUUAGUCUGGCCAACUUUGUUAGCCUGCUAUUUCUCUGAAAUUAAAAAUCUUAAUGGCACAGUCAUAACAGCAACAGAUAAUACUACUGGAAUAUCACGAGAUCAAGCUAGAAAUCAUGUUACUAUCAUUGUUAUUGUGGUUUCAGCUUUCAUAAUAUGUACCUUAAGCACUCGCUUAUUAGUCUUUUGGCGUAAUAAUAGGAAAAACGUAUUAUUUAUGAGGUAA